AUGGCAACACUAUUCCCAGCAGACCUUGCUGUCAAGAACAGGAGUUCUCCGAAAUAUGAAAGACAAGAGUCUCUGAUCCAGUGUACAUCGCAUGGGGUCAUCCUGAUCCUGACCAAGUAUUACCAUGCUGACUCCACCAAGGUCCUGGAGAGCUCGCUUUGGAGGUCUACUGACUAUGGCACAACCUACACCAAACUCAACCUGAUGCCGGGGACGACCAUUGUGGUGACCAGUUUCUACAUCUGCCCGACCAACAAGAAAAAGGUGGUGCUGGUGGGCUCAUCCAUCAACGAACGGGAUCAGAUGCUGUUCAUCAGCACAGACGAAGGUUCCUCCUUCCAGCGGCAGUCCAUCGCUUUCACCCCCGACACCCUCAUCUUCCACCCCAAGGAGGAGGACAAGCUCCUCGCCUACUGCAAGGAGGGCAGGAUCUUUGCUUCGACAGACCUGGGCCGCAAGUGGACUUUGCUUCAGGAGCGUGUGACCAAGGACAGAGUGUUCUGGUCUGUAUCUGGUGUGGAUGUGGACCCUGAUCUUGUGCACAUGGAAAUGCAAGAUACGAGCGGAGGGUACCUGUACGUCACCUGUCUCAUCCAGAACUGCUCAGACAAAAUGGUGACGGCUCAGUUCCUCGGCAAAAUCGACCACAAUUCGCUGUUGGUGCAGGACGACUACAUAUUUGUCAAGGUGACCACAGGGAAUCGUACCAAGCAUUACGUGUCCUAUCGGCGCAACGAGUUUGUCCAGAUGAGGUUUCCCAAGUACGCCUUGCCAAAGGAUGUUCAGAUAGUGAGUACGGACGAGAACCAGGUCUUCCUCGCCCUCCAGGAGUGGUACCAGUCAGACACCUAUAACCUGUACCAGUCGGACCCCCAGGGUGUCUACUACUCCAUCGUGCUGGAAAAUGUCCGCAGCACCAAGCAGCCGGAGGAGAACGUCCUCAUUGACAUCCUGGAGGUGCGUGGAAUCAAAGGGGUCUUUCUGGCCAAUCAGAAGAGCAAUGGCAAAGUGACGACUCUCAUCACCUAUAACAAAGGACGAGACUGGGAACCCUUGGCCCCGCCUACGACUGACAUGAAUGGAAAGCCUGUUAGCUGCAAAGCACCCGAGUGUCACCUCCACCUGCACCUGCGCUGGGCCGACAACCCCUACGUUUCUGGGACUGUCCACACCAAAGACUCCGCCCCAGGUCUCAUCAUGGGUGCCGGUAACCUUGGCUCCAAGUUGGUUGAGUACAAGGAAGAGAUGUACAUCACUUCAGACUGUGGGAAGACAUGGAGACAGGUGUUUGAGGAGGAGCAUCACAUCCUGUACAUGGACCACGGUGGAGUCAUUGUUGCCAUCAAGGACACUUCUAUCCCCCUCAAGAUACUCAAGUUCAGUAUCGAUGAAGGACAGACAUGGACCGUUCACAACUUCACCAGCACCUCCGUGUUCGUUGAUGGACUCCUGAGCGAGCCAGGAGACGAGACCCUGGUUAUGACCGUGUUUGGCCACAUCAGCUACAGGUCAGACUGGGAGCUGGUCAAAGUGGACUUCAGGCAGUCUUUCCCCCGUCAGUGCACCGAGUCUGACUACGACUCCUGGCUCCUCACGGACCUGCAGGGAGACAAGUGCAUUAUGGGCCAGGAGCGGAGUUUCAGGAAGAGAAAGGACACUGCGUUCUGCAUCAAAGGGAAGAGCUACACCUCUGCUCUCACCACCAAACCCUGUCAAUGCACAGAGAAAGACUUCAACUGUGACUACGGUUUCGAGAGGUCCCACAAAGAGGGCGAUCGAUGCUUAGCUGACUUCUGGCAUGAUCCUGACUCACCACCUGAAGACUGCCAUCUAGGACAGACCUACGAGAGCACCACUGGCUACAGGAAGGUGAUAUUUAAUGUGUGUGAGGGGGGGCUGAACCGGCAGCAGAGCGCCAAACAGCACAGCUGCCCUCUGCUGCCCCCAAAAGGACUACGGGUCGGCAUCAAAGGGCAGAUGCUGGCCGUGGCGCCUGGUGAUGACAUCACAUUCAUUGUCCACCAGGAGCAGGGCGACACCAGCAGCACCAAGUACCAGGUGGACCUCGGUGACGGCGUUCGGGCCAUUUACCAGAACCUGACGGUGACUGAUGAACCCAUUCAGCAUCGCUAUGAAAAGCCCGGCGUCUACAAGGUCACAGUGAAGGCUGAGAACAUGGCGGGGCAUGACGAGGCCACCAUGUACAUCCAGGUCACAGCUCCACUACAAGAAGUGCACCUGGAAGUGGUUCCCAUCGCUGGGAGCAACCAUGAGGUCAAUCUUACCGCCAUAGUUCUUCCCACUGAGGCCAACCUGACUGUCUUCUACUGGUGGAUAGGAGACAACCUGCGGCCGACGCUGACUCUGCAGAACAGCCUUCUGACUCGUUUCCCUGAGACAGGAGAGGUUUCAGUCACCGUCCAGGCUUCCAACGGCCGAUCCAUGGUCCAGGAUACCAGGACUGUCCGAGUCUACGACAACUUCCAGGUCAUCCCUCUGAGCUUCAGCAGGAAUCUGGACCACUUCAACCCAAACAUCCCAGAGUGGAGAGAGGACAUCGGCCAGGUGGUCACCAAAAUACUCGCCAAGAUCACAGGUGUCCCUCAGGAGUCCCUGGUUACUGUGGUGAAGCCCGGCCUCCCCACCACCGCUGACCUGUACGUUCUCCCACUGAGCAGCAAACCAGCCAAGAAGAGCAUUUUUGUAGAUAAGCGUAUUCCGGCCAUCAUGCAGGCCUUCAAUGACAACAAUGUCAGCUUUGUGGUGAGAGGAGGUCUACAAGUGCUGGUUAUGCUAGCUGACCCGAACGCAGGUCUAAUUGCUAAUGACUCAACAGCUACGGCAGCAGAGACUGGUUACCAUGGAGCAGCUGGAGGUCCAGGUGUUUGGGCUCUCGCUGUCAUUUUCCUAAUUAGCAUCAUCGGCACUGGCUCUUUCAUCUUGUACAAGUUCAAAAGGAAGCUUCCAGGCAAUCGCAAUGUCUACGCCCAGAUGCACAAUGAGAAGGAGCAGGAGAUGACGAGCCCUGUCAAUCACAGCGAGGACACCCAGCACAUCAUUCAGGGCGAGGAGUUCAUUGAUGACGACCUGGACUCUCAGACUCUAGGUAACGCAGGAGGUAACCAUUCAGGUGUGGUCCUGAGCAUCAACUCCAGAGAACUACACAGUUACCUAACCAGCUGAUGGCUGCCAUGACAACUCUAACAAGCUAGCCUAGCCUAGCCGGCUAACGAGCACAGGGACUCCACUUUGCCUUCCUCCUUCUUUCUCCUUUCCUUCUUUUCCACCUUGGACACUUCACCUCCUCUCCAUGGCCUCCUCAAGCUCCAACUUUGGUGAUUUAGUUUUUUUGGGCUGAGCCUGGUGGAGGCCUUCACCUCCAUCCUUCUUCCCCACCCUCUGUCUCCUCCUGCCAGGGGAUAGGACACUCUGCUUCACCCAAUGUGUGUCACAUAACUGCAAGCCCCCCUCCUCAGCCCUUAAAAACCUGACCCCCGGUGAGGAUGGAGAACUGGAUGGCAUCACACCAAGCACACUCUCCCAUGUGUUUUAAAAAAACAAUAUCUGUGUGUACGCUGUCGUCUCACUUGUAGACUCUGAACAUCAGCAAGCAUGACUCUGCACGGGUGUUCAGUCAUAUUCACAGUCAAAGAGGGUUGAACCCCCCAUGACCAAAAGGCCACAGCUUCUUAAAGAAUGACCAGUGUGCUCAGAUGAAUGGUAACCUCCAAUGAAAGUAUAAUGUAUUUUUACUCCUCGCUCUUUAAUCCCCUUUUUGUUUCUCUCAAUCACCAGACCCAGUCUCUUCAAAGGCAAUAAUAUUCUCUCAAUAGAAUGUAGGCUAUGAUAUACUCUUGUGAAUUUGCAUAUGAAGGGUGAACACAUGCAAACACAAGAGGGCGGUGUUGCACUUUGGAAACACCCCACUCACAGUUCCUUGAGCUCAGCUCCUUCAGAAGAUAUUGUUUGUCACACAGACGUCGUCAUCGGUCAGAGCCCCACUGCAUUCACGCACUUGUUUAUUACUCGCACGUUUACAGAGGUUUUGUUGUGUGGUGUUAGAAACCAGCACCACCUCCUGUAGAAGCUCAUCGUCUGUCCCGUGGUGCCUAAAACCGCAGAGGUUGAUCUGCUCUGUGACAUUACCCGUUGUUGAGUUUAUUUAUCUCUAAUAACCGUCGGCCCCUUUCUCCUCCACCUCCUCCUUCCCACACGUUCUUGGUCAGACUUCAUUCCCCUGGAGACAAAGGUCGCUGUCAUGGAGGGAAGGUGUAGUUGAUAUAUUUGACUGUAUCAGCCUAUAUUAGGCAUAGCCCAUGGUGGAAUUGCGUCUCCUUAAAGGUUUGGUUUGUUGUAUGUAAAUGUGUAAAUAUGAACAAUCUCCACUUUGUACAUAAUCCCUUUGACGUGUGUGAGUGUUUUACACUACUACCAAAAUACACACAAGUAGUUUUUUCGACAGACCCUUUUCUGAGUUUCACUAUUUCCUGUUUCCUCCACACAAUUGCCUGCUUCACAUGUAUCCAUUCUCCAUACUCUCAGUGUAAUCUCAUGAGUGAGAUAAUUUGAUGGUCUUCAUUGUUAACUGGAAAUGAUUUCAUUGUCUUAUAAAGAUACUCACAACUACACAGUGACAACUAUGUACAUGAAUAUUUUUGAUACACUUGUCAUUUUCCCCAGUACGUGUGAACACUGGUGAGUGUUUUUGUUGCCUUUGCUGAAGUCUAUGAUGUGAGCAGUGCCGUCGACACGUACUGGGCAGCAACUGAACAAGUCCACUCUGACUCUGAAUCCAAAAGUCUUUUACAGACCAAUGCUACCACCACCACCAGGAUCACCCCUCGGUUUGUCUUGUAUUUGAUGCAGCAGAUCACUUUCACUUGUCCUGAUUUACACCUUAAUUCAUCUUUUGUACAUAAUCUGCUCAUGUUCAACUUGUUCUUAGUUUUGUAGUGAUGUGUCGUCAUUGUAUAAAUGUCCUCUUUAACAAAGGGGAGAGUGGGAAUUAGACAUUAUAAUAUAAAAGUGAAGGAGUUUCACCGAUGAUGGCACUGACCAUGUAAUUUUGACCACACUGUUUUUCUUUUAUUCUUCUCUUUCUGCCGUUUGUUUGAUCUGUUGAUUUUGCAGUUAAAUUCGAUCGUGUGUCCUCAUCAGGAAGCGUAGUGCACUAAACCUGCAUCCUGGAAUAAAUCA